UAAAUUCUCUUUCUGGCUUGUUGAGUUUCGCAAACUAAAAACACUUUCAAGAAAAUAUCGUCGAAAGAGGGGCAGCGCUUUCUCUCUAAUCUUCAGAACCACCACGGAAAUGGAAGGGGGAGAGAAGAUUGGAGAUGAUGUAACAAGGAAAUACUGGAGAUGGAGCAAAAAGGAUUUCUUCCCUGAACAGUCUUUCCAAAGUUGGGCAACUUACAGGUCGGCUGUCUCUCAGACAUGUUUCCGGUUGAAGGACCGCCUUCUCGACCGAUCAACCGAGAUGAACGAGCUCGAUGUGCUGAGGAGACAGAGCGAGAACGACAUGAAACGCUGCCUCACUUGGUGGGAUCUCAUCUGGCUAAGCUUUGGUUCUGUUGUUGGCACGGGCAUCUUUGUUCUCACCGGCCAGGAAGCUCACAACCACGCAGGCCCUUCCAUCGUCUUAUCCUACGCUGCUUCUGGUAUUUCUGCAUUGCUCUCUGUUUUCUGUUACACUGAAUUCGCUGUAGAAAUCCCUGUCGCAGGCGGGUCGUUUUCUUAUCUCAGAGUAGAAUUGGGAGACUUCGUUGCAUUCAUUGCUGCUGGUAAUAUACUGUUGGAAAGCAUCGUUGGUGCAGCCGGACUUGGUCGAUCCUGGAGUUCAUAUUUUCAGACAUUUAUCAACCUCAAACCCAAUGCUCUGUGUAUCCAUGUGAGUAAAUUUGCAGAAGGGUUCAAUCUUUUAGACCCAAUUGCAGUUUUCGCCCUUAUAAUCCCUUCUGUCAUCGCCAUGAGUGGGACACGCUUAACUUCCCACCUGAAUUGGAUACCAUCCUUACUUAGUGCAGUUCUGAUAGUCUUUAUAGUAGUGGCUGGUUUCAUUCAUGCCAACAGCUCCAACUUGACUCCAUUCUUUCCCCACGGAGUAGGGGGAACAUUCCAAGCUGCAGCAGUUGUGUACUGGGCUUACACAGGUUUUGACAUGGUUGCUACAAUGGCGGAAGAGACAAAGCAACCUUCCAGGGAUAUACCAAUAGGUUUAGUAGGGUCUAUGUCGAUGAUUACAGUAGUCUACUGUGUGAUGGCACUGUCACUCAGCAUGAUGCAGAAGUACAAUGAAAUAGAUGUGAAUGCAGCUUACUCAAUGGCAUUCCAGAGUGUGGGCAUGAAGUGGGCUAAGUUUCUAGUGGCUCUAGGCGCCCUUAAAGGGAUGACUACUGGAUUGCUUGUGGGUGCUCUUGGACAGGCGCGCUAUACCACCCAGAUUGCUCGAUCCCACAUGAUACCACCCUAUUUUGCUCUUGUUCACCCAAAAACUGGAACACCCAUUAAUGCUACCCUCUUGGUUACCAUUAUCAGUGCCUGUGUUGCUUUUUUCUCGAGUUUGGAUGUUUUGUCUAGUGUUUCUUCUCUUAGUACUCUAUUCAUCUUCAUGCUUAUGGCAGUUGCUUUAAUGGUGAGGAGGUACUAUGUCAAGGAUGUCACUCCUAAGGCUAAUUUCCUUAAGUUACUAUUGUGUCUUUUGAUGAUCAUUGGUUCUUCAAUUGGAACCAGUGCUCUUUGGGCUUCUAAUUAUAGAAAAUGGCCAGGGUACAUGAUAACCAUGGUGGUCUGGUUUCUAGGAACACUGGGGCUUAACUUGCUUCCACAGAAGAGAGUACCAAAGGUGUGGGGUGUUCCAUGUGUCCCAUGGUUUCCAUCCUUCUCAAUUGGAUUAAAUAUAUUUCUCAUGGGAUCACUGGGUUACAUGACUUUUAUCAGGUUUGGGAUCUGCACUGCAGUGAUGUUGGUUUACUUUUUGUUAUUUGGUCUCCAUGCAACUUACGAUGUAGCCCACCAAAACCAAUAUGAAUCAGAAAAAGUGGAUCAGAAGGAAGACAGCGAAAUGGGGGUUUCUUAAGGUCAAAAUAUUCAAUUGUUGCUGCUAUAUGAAGGAGAUUUAGAAGUUGCAUGUGUUCAUUCAUUUAGAAAAGGGGGCAAUCAGCUGGCUGAUUUCCUUGUAUCCAAAGGACACUCAAAGAGCAUUCAUGAUAUUUCUUCAAUGCCUGAAUUUCAGUUCCAUCUUUAUCUCUCUAGCAGACUACUGGGGUUUCCGGACCCAAAAAGAGCAAUGUAAUUAAAAGGCCUUGUUAGAUUCAUAUUGAUUUCUUGGGGUUUCCAGGUAAUAUGUUUCAGAGUCAAGACAGGUUCAACCAAAUGUACAGGGGGUGAGAUAUUUUGAGAUGACCAGAGUUUUUUUUUUUUUUUUUUCAAAAUAAAGCAGCUUCCAUUAGAGAUACUAUUUACAUUUUACAUGAUUAUGCUGGAUGGAGUCAUAAUAGAUAAGAUGAUUUGCCUUUGCAAGCUGUAUAUGCCAGAGCAUGAGCCAGCUUGGUUUAAGGUCAAGAUGAUCG